AUGGCUGAUUUUCCAUAUCUUCGUGAGCGUUCGCUUUCUUCCAUGGAAUAUGCCGAAUACAAAAAAAUCCGAGUCCACACAUCAAGCCCAGAAAUGCGUCCUUUAGAAGCGGUUGAUUUUCCCCCUCCUAUCUCAUUAGCACCCUCAGAAAUGGACACUUGCUCUCAAACUAUCCACAAACUCCUCAAGGAAAAAGAAGAAGACCAGCAUUUAAUCAAAAUUUUAAAAUCCCACUCUUUACAGCAAGUAAAAGAGUUAGAAGAGCUUCAAGAAAAAUACAGCCAGCUUAUGAGAGAAUAUGAUGACUUGAACUCCCGAUUAAAAGAGCCAAAAAAUAAAGAAGGAUUAAUAUACCAAGCAGUUCUUGCCAGAAGUAGGAGCAGCAGUUUAAAUGAGAAUGUAGAGUAA